AUGGUGGCUGUUAUAAAAAGAAUGAGAAAGCUGAGAGCUUUACUCGCCAUUAGAAUAGGUCCAGGAGCAGCAGUUUUACCACCCGAAGUAACGAGGAUACAUAUGGACUUUGCGCGCGAUAUAGAGGAUGGACAUUACGGACCCAGGAAGUUCUGGCGCAACUGUCUCCCUCGAUUAAAAUACCACAAUCCUGCCGUCCCUAUGACUGUCAAUCGUACGAAUGAUCAAUCCGGCCCCGCGCUCCUGACGAUUCACUUCACGAACCCAUCAGCAGCAGCAAGUACAAAGCCAGAAAUCUCAUCCACGACGACGAAGGAGACAUCCAGCGCACCUGUAGCAGCUACGAAAGCUGGGCUACCGACGGAAAGAACAGAGGUUGUCAACAUGAAGCAUAGGCCCGAGUCAGAAAUCCUUGAUCAAUUGCUGGCGAUUACGAGAGCGAGAAUUGUGAAGCCCACAGCCGAGGAGACGAGACAAAUUCAAGAUAUUGAGGACCAGAAUGCUAGAAGUGAGAGGGAUGCUAUUAUGAUGGCUGAGGUUAAUGCGAAGAGGAAACGAGAGGAGGCUAUCUUAAUCCAAGCCAGAGGCGACCCCGAUGCGUUGCUGGGUUGA